UUUUUUUUUUUUUGCGACCGCCGAACUUUAGCGGACCAACAUCCCGUAAGACAGGUCGCGCGACGCGAAUAGCAUCCAACUUACAACCUUGUGGCCGAAUAUUUUUUACAACCACAUUGAUCCCAAAAACCAAACUCCACUCACAUCAAACUUCCACGCCUUACCACCCUUAAUCGAGCACUACUACCCCUUUUUUAUUUCAAUUUCCUGCCUAGGAGGUAGAUAGAUACAUCUGCCACUAUCACAAACAAAUGGCGUCCGCGUCCCGCAAUGGCGAGCAUCGCCCUGUCCACCAGGAUUUCAUCGCCAGAAUCCGAUUCUCCAAUGCGCUACCUCCGCCUUCCAAUCCCCCAAAGCUUCUCGACAUCCCGAACACUGGCCUUGCUAGCGGUCAAUACACGGCGCCAGGAUUCGCCUCCAGACUUGCCAGAGAGCAGCCGUUGAAUAUUGAGGCUGAUGCGGAAUUGGGCAUGCCAUUGGACCUGGUGGGAAUGCCAGGCGUGUUUGAUGGCGACGAAAGCUCCAUCCAAGCCCCUUCCCAACCUCCGCCUAUCCACCCUCACGAUCGAGCCCUCCUUCGAGGUGCUGGUAGUUUAGGCCACCCUAAGCUUGCUGAGGCCAACGUGUCCUUCCUCCGACGUACAGAAUAUAUCUCCUCCGUGGGCACAAAGACUCGCACUGAAUCAAGCGCCCUACGAAGCACCCAUCCAGUUCCCAAGCGUCCUCUGAAGCGUCCUUCUCCGGAACCUGAUGUCGACUCUCCCGCCCACAUUAAGCGGAAGAUUAACCAAGGUUUUGCUGUAGCUGCAGCAAACUUGAAGGACAAGAAUAGGGUCAAACACCCUUCGAAGCGCAACGUGAAGCUCGUUGACGCUUACCCAUUGGUUCCCGAUCUUGAAGCCUUCCCCGACUCUGGUGCCUACGUCACCUUCAAAUUCUCUCAUAAUCCCCUGACCUCGUCUGGCACUUAUGAUAAGCGACUUCUCAACAGUAUUCUUAAGCCUAUUAGCAAAAGUGAUGAAGAGGAGGCCGCUUAUACCAUGGCGCUUCAGGCCCAUGAGAGAGACCCGGAGCAUGUCCCCAAACCCCAGAAUCUUAUGGAUUAUGAUUUCUUCCUUUACGAUUCUCUAGACACAUCCGAUCGUUUCCGACAAAAGUUCGACAUUGAGAACCCAGAUCACGACGAUGAUUCUCUAUACACACACAAGAGCAAUGGUAACCCCAACUUCCAGAUUCCACGGGUUCGUUCGUAUGAGACAGCACAAGAGCUAGAGUUGAACAAUCAAACCAAGUAUGACGAGGAGGUCGUCCUUGCGUUCAACGACGAUGACAUGAUCGACCAAAAGGCCGUCUUCUAUUACCCCAUCAUGCAGCGGUCCGUCAUCAAACCUCAACGUUCCAAGACCCUCGCCCGAACUAUCGGAUUAGUGCCGGCAGGCGUGGACUUGGAAGAACGCAACGUGGAUCAACUAGAUGUCACGGUAGAUGACCCCUCGGAUGAUUUCCGAGCGUGGAUGAACUUGUAUCGAGACCACCCAUACGGCAAGGAGGACCCCGAGGAUGGAGAGGGAGACGUCGACCAACAGAAUGGUCGGGGCAGUUCGCAGCAGCAAGGAGGAAGCCGACGGUCGUCUAGCCAACAACAAGCAGCGGAAGACGAAGACCAGGAUGCCGAGGGUGAUGAAGAGGAUUAGACGCUCCAGUUUGCACCCUAACUAUACUUAAUUGAGUCUGGACUUUUAACUGAAUAAGGAAGGCUUUGGCAUGGCGUUUUUCAUCUGGGACUGGUUUUGUUUUUGUUUUGCUUGGAUGCUUGAAGGUGGACCACACUUUGCAACUUAGCACCUCGGCUUUCUGUCUCGGUGCCUACCUACCUACCUACCUACCUACUUAUUUAGGUACCUACGUAAGUAGGUAGGUGCGUAUCUAGGCAUAUCGUGCAUUGUGGCUGCUGAAAGAGAGCUGUAGCGUCCAAUUAGAUAGGUAGCCAGCCAGCCAGCCAGCAGUGAAAAUGAAAAUUAGCAUGCGUGUGUAUUUUCAGUCAUAGUAUUUGUUCUGUGUUUUGAGUAGAGCGCU